UAUAUAUCUAUAACUUUCUAUUUAGAUAUUAUUUAAAAAAAAUGGGAAACUGUGCUAGAGAGUGUCUAAACUGUAUACUUUGGUUGAAGUUAAUAAUUAUGGGAGUACUCAAGAUUGUAUGUCUGUCGAAAGGAAUCUUACAUUCGAACUGGCAUUCCGUAUUGACAUUCUAUAGUUUACUUUUUGAAGUAGUUGCAAUAAGCGUAUCCAGAAAACCAAAAGACAGCGACAAAGGACCUGCAGUCGUAUUUCAUGCAUGUGCAUCUUCCUUCAAAGUUUCAGCAACACUGGUUACAUAUUCCAAUGAAAUAGAAGACAUGAAAUCAAUGUGUUAUUGGUGUUUAAUCACAGAAAUAGUUUUGAUUGGAGUAAUAUUUUGCUGUUACUGUUGUACUGAUGAACCAAGACACAAUUCAUCAAAGCUGAAGCUGGCUGCGUAAAUGAACACCAACCGGAUAUUCAUGAAGUUCAUAAAAACAACGACAAUGACCACGACGACAACAACAACAACAUUUAUUUAGUAUUAAAAGGUGUUCACUAGUAUAGUCAUUACUUAACACGAACUAAAUGUAACAGUUUUAAACCCGAACCGAUGCAGCACUAUAACACAAGAGAAGAAUACAUCCUGAUAUCCGUCUAUAAAUCAUGCACAAAGUAUUGAAAUUUUGUAGAUUAUUUCAUUCUCACGAGUUCAGUUAAAAGUCUUUCCAUUGACAGUAUUUACAGAUUAGAAUUCGCUUACGACUUUGGAACAUGGUGGGGGUAAGAGUGAGGUUAGGUGCACCAUAAGCCGGUUUAAGCUCCCCAGUGGUGGUUUUGCCACGGACCGUUCCAAGGCGGUGCCCUACUGUGUUCCUUUAUUUGUUUGUUUUGUCGUGUGUUUGCUUUGUGUGUGUACGUGUUCAUUAAGUAGAUCAUUUUAUUGGCAUUGCUAAAUUGGUUACCUUCAAUUUUACAUAGAGGACAUAGAUCACUUAUUGACUUUCUUAUAUAUUACGUUAUUUUUUUCACUUCAGUGCAAAUCGAAUGUCUUUAGAAAGUCAAAAAAUGAUCUAAAACCUAUAGGCAUUGAUACGCUUUUCAGGUCUACUAGCAUACGGUAUAUAUCAACGUCUUAGUUAUAAGAAAGAAUGCUAUAAAUUGAAUUUCAGAAAUAAAUUUUCAGAUAAAGAACAUUCUAUAUAUAGUGUAUUGGUCAAAUUAUAGAAUUCUAUUAAAGGUGGCAUAUAUAUAUCAACACAAAGUAACCAAACAAUUUCCUUGAAUUUUCAAAACCAAUUGAGAAAAUAAAACAUUUUUUUUAUAUAAUUGUAAGUUUUAACGAAAAUAGUAUCUGGUAACCGAAACAAAUGUCAAAAACUGCCAUAAUAUUAUCGCUUCCUGUACUUUGCAAGACUUGAUAUUUUCCACGUGAUAGUGAGACUAUAAUUUAAGUCUAGAAAACUUUUUGAUUUUUUACGAAAACAUCAAAUCGUGAAAAUUGAUUUAAUAAUCAUGAAUUUUAACCAGUUAAUGUAUACAAAAAAUACGCCAACAUGUUUUAAAUCGUUUGAUAGCGUUUCCUAUUUGAUGUAUCCGAGGUCUACAAAAUGUAAGAUGUUUAAAACCUUAUUGGAUGGCAUUUACUUAUUACUAAUUUUAAGGUUUAAUUACUUCAGUGUGUAAAGUGUUUUUCACGUCGUUGGUCAGCUGAGGUACAGCUGUUCAUAAUUUUCAAGAUAUCAUAUCAAUUAUAUGAACAAUGGAAGUGCCUGCACCUUUAUAUAUCUCGAUCUAUAAAAUAGACCCAACUGUUUAGGUGACUUUAGCUUAAUUCAGCUGACAAACUAAAUAGAAUGACCCGACUUCA